ACAACCGACACAGGAGGGUGUGUUUUACAUCCUCCUUCGUAGCCCACGGAAAGGGUCUUCACCUCAGGAUUCUGGUCCAGAGCGAAACAAUAACAUCAUCAUUAACUUCAGUGUCAAUACCACCUUCAAUAUUCAAAUGGCCACCUACACGGCACCACCUCCAAGUAGUCAGGGAACUGGGAAUCGUCCUAAUCCGCUAGUACCUGUAGCUUACACCCCUCAUAGCUCGUAUGUACCCAGUCCAAAGAAGGAUAGAGCUAGGGGCAUUCAUCCUCCAAAUACUCCCAACCACCCAUUUACCCAUCACAGCAAUGUUAGCAACACCAGUACUCUUCUGGACGAACUUAGUGUACAUCAUGGUCCUCAGAACGGAUUGCCUACUCAUUAUCCAAUCCCUCCUCUGCAGCACCAGCAAGAGUACCAUCCAACAUAUCAGUCGGCUUUUGGAUAUGGCAUUGCAGCCGCAAGGAGCUCUACGGAACAGCUUUCAUCCGUAGGAUAUAAUGGCACUAUCUGGGAAUCUGCAUCUCAACGGCAGCUUGCACAGCAACCCGUCUAUCAUCCAUCUAUGGCAAAGCUAUCACAGGUCGAUGAAGAUGAAGGAAGUGAACCUAGAUACUCUUUCCAAGCUCCUAGCAUCAGAACGUUAGAUGACACUUGCGGCGUAAUACAUCAGGAUGCCUCCAACCUCAAUAUAGCUUCACCUUUGCGAGCACGGCAAAAUGAAAAUAGUAAUUUAGGAUAUCAACAGCAGCUUCCUCCAAAUGCUACUCUCAAUUAUACUUCAAACACACAGCAUCAUCCUUAUCAGCAUCCUGAGCAGCAAUAUUUUCAGUAUCCAUAUGGAGAGGGACAAAUACCUCAACUAUCACCUACACCAAGUUCUGCCAGUCAGCUUUACAGGACAUCAACCAGUUCAUCAACGACCCAAACGACCUGGAGUCAACCUUCCUCUCCAGGCUUUCCACCCCCGUCUUACUUGGGUCAAUAUGGAUUGCAAGAGUCAUUCGAUGAUAAUGAAUCUUCUAUAUCAGAGGCAGCUCGGCUAUUGAUUGACUUUAAUCCUGGCAUCCUUUCUACUAUUGCUGUUGCCUUCCGUGAGAAGAUGCUACAGAACGAGUCUAAAAGACUUGAAUCCGUCAACUAUGGGCUCGAGUUCCCUGUGACCUUCACUGGAAAGGAAGCAGUGGAUGUGAUCGUGGAGCUGACAAAGUUUGAUGACAGAAGACACGCUUUAGCCAUCGCACGUUCAUUGGAACAGCAAGUCUUGUUCUUUGGAGGCGGUGUCAACGUUCUUUAUGACUCGAACAAUGAUCAGUACUUUUUUUCUGAAGCAACGUUGGCAUAUAUUCCGGGGAAAACAGGGUUUCCAACAGUGCCAGUCGGCGUGUUCCCGCACACUACACCUUGCUACACUUAUGAUUGCCAACCUGGAGGAAGUCCCUGUUACUCUUACCUCUGUCCCAAUCGCCAGAAUAUCGCUGGCGUUUUAGAGCGACAGAACAGUGAUAUGUCGACGGUAAGCGGCCAAGAGAAUGUUUGGGCCAAUUCUGUCCCCCCUAGUGUUGUGGCUGCAGCAUCAAAGAAAGAACGAAAUCGUCAAGAAGCCAUCUUUGAAGUCGUUCAUACUGAGCAUAAUUACGUUCGCGAUCUUGAGCUCAUGGAGGAGAUUUUCAUUGCUCCUCUUCGAGCCGGAGAUAUUGUUGACCCAGAAAGAAGAGAGGAGCUGAUCGAGGAUAUUUUCUUGAAUUUCCAGGAAAUCCUUGCGCUCAAUAAGAAACUACUGGAAGAAUUAAGACAAAGACAGAAAGAACAACCUUUAGUGGAAGGCAUUGGCGACGUCAUGCUCAAGCAUAUAUCAGGGUUUGAAGAGGCUUACCUCCGAUAUAUCCCACGAAUCGCUUUAUCCGAGUAUGCCUACAAAAGGGAAGAGACCCAAAACCCCAGAUUUGCUCAAUUUCUCAAGGAUUGUACACGCCAUCCAGAAGCCCGCCGUCUGGGUUUGCGACACUUUGUUGGCCAGCCGUAUCAACGAAUUCCUAGAUAUCCACUUUUACUCAGUGAAGUAGUCAAGCGGACAGACGAAGAUGUCCCUGAUCGCGACGUCAUCCAGGAAGUAAUUAAAGUAUGUAAGGAGCUAGGAAAGCGUGUAGAUGCCUGCAUACCAGAAGGGAACCGGCAGCUGAGGCUUUUGACCAUUCAGGAUAAGAUCAUUUGGAAGACAGGAGAAGUUCGACAGGACCUUAAGCUAUCGGAUAAAUCAAGGAAACUGCAUUUUGAGUGCCUUGUCAAGCGACGGUCGAACUUGGAUGUUCAAAUGAUCGAGCUUCGACUGUUCCUAUUUGACCAAGUGUUAUUAAUGACCAAAGAAAAGCGUGACAAGGACAAAGAGGGUGUACUGUACCAAGUCUCCAAGAAUCCUAUCCCCCUUGAGUUAGUCCAAGUCUGGGCUGACGAUGGUAGACCUUUAACAGCUGUUCCUGGACGAGAGAUUGUUCCUGGCAAGAAGCUGACCAGCAGCACAAAAUCUUCAGGCUCUGGACAUCGUCAUUCUACGUUCAUGGGACAACAUGAUAAUAACUAUCGUGUAGGCUUCCAGGAGACAAAGUACAUCGCGCCCAUAACGAUCGAACACCGUGGUCGACGAGGAGGCCUCUAUACACUCUACAUGACCGUAGCCGAUAGAGAUCAAUUCCUGGAACAAAUGGAGAUUGUGCAAGCACGUCGACAAGAGGCUGUUUCUGGAUCUAAACUAUUUAAGACAACUGUUAUCACUCAUUACAAUGCCACACCACCAAUUCCGUCCUCCAACCUGGUUCAUAAUCCUAUGGAUGGCCGACGUUCGACUUGCUCGGCACCUUAUCUCAACGUGCUUGAUGGCAAGAGACGUGUCGUUAUAGGAACCGAAGAAGGAAUAUAUGUUGGCAUGGAGGACGACCCAUAUAGUUUUAGGUUGGCCCUCAGAGAACCAAAUGUUAGUCAGGUCAGCGUCCUAGAGGCAUAUCACAUCCUGCUUGUUCUCAGCGGCAGAGUACUAAAAGCCUUCAAUCUGAGCUGCUUGGACUUUAACGCCGAAAAAUCACUACAGACUGGCCAUCAACUUGGCAAGAGUGUUCAAUUCUUUACAGCAGGUAUCUGUGCAGGCAGGACAUUGGUCAUUACUAUGAAGAAGAAAAAUGCUGGAGAGAGUCACUUUUCUGCAUUUGAGCCGGUUGAAAACGCAGUUCUGGGUGGACAUCAUCGUGGAGGGUUCGGUCUACCGUUUGGCAGAUCCAACAGGUCGGACUGGUUCAAGCUUUAUAAAGAAUUUUAUGUUGGUACAGAUUCAUCGCAAUUGUUGAUGUUGUCCAAGAUGGUCUGUGUGGUUUGUCCUAAAGGAUUUGAAAUUCUGAUGCUGGAUGAUUUGGGGAAUACACAAGUUUUCCCAUCCCGCAAGGACCCAAAAUUUGCUUUCCUGGACCUUCGUCCUGGCAGUAUCCCAGUCAGCAUGUUCAAAAUUAGCUCAGAGGAAUUUUUGAUGUGUUACUCUGACUUCGCUUUCAAGAUGACCAAGAAGGGCGAACUGGCUAAGGAGGAACUGAUUGAAUGGGAAGGUCGCCCAGAGUCAUUUGCACUCGCAUAUCCAUAUAUUAUCGCGUUUGAGAGUGGACUCAUUGAAAUCCGUCAUAUUGAAACAGGAGCCUUGGAGCAAAUCAUCCUUGGAAACAACAUCCGGAAACUGCACUCUAACGCAGACCUUAAUGGCAAUACGAUCAUUCAGUUAGUCAUGAACGAUCCCAACAACGCUGAAAACAGACAUAUUGCAAAGCUUGUCAAGGUGCCCCCGCAGCCUAGGACGCUGAUAGAACCGAUUGAAUACAAGCCCAAGGCUGUAUAUGUACCUCAACCCAAGAACCAUCACAUCUCCCCUACACCAACUCAUCUGAUGGCUCCUGCACUACAGCCAGUCUUGUCAAUCAAUAGCUCGGAGCCUGCAGUACUUGCUACACAUACUAACCCCACUGGCAGCAUGCAAUACCAGCAACAACAUCAGCACCAAUACAUCAUGAACAGCAGUCAGUCUGUACGCGCUGCUCCUCCUAUUCCUCAGCGGCCCUCUCCCGGACUAUCUCAGCAAACUAUUGUCCCGGCCUACCCUGUGCACCCAUAUUCGCCUUCACAGCAGGCCUAUCCUCUGGUCCAGGUACCUGUCGAGACGAGUGAGGAGAGUGGCGGGCACGCCAUCUCUUGGAGCUCAGGUGGAUACCCAUAAAAAAAGCUUUCUUUUUUCAAAAUGUUAAAAUCCUUGACAUUUCUCCUUGCAC